AUGGCUCUUCCAUCCUGCAGCGGCUCCAGGCUCCGGACCGACUCGCUGCCCCCCCCCUUCCGGCCGGUCCAGGCUCCUCUGCUCCGCUCCGCCGGCUCCUCCUUCCUGAUCCGGGACAUCUUGUCGGACCGCCGGUCUCUGUCUGACCCGGGACACCCGGGACCGGAGGCCGAGCCGUGCCGGUCCGGACCGGAUGAAGAGAACAGUUUGAGCGGUUCUUCAGACACUGAGUCCAGAGUGCAGAAGAAGCCUCGUAAAGCUCGAACAGCUUUCAGCGACCAGCAGCUGUCCAGGCUGGAGAGAAGCUUCCAGAAGCAGAAGUACCUGAGCGUCCAGGAGAGGAUGGAGCUCGCUGCGUCUCUGCAGCUCAGCGACACGCAGGUGAAGACCUGGUACCAGAACAGAAGGACCAAGUGGAAGCGUCGGUCAGCUGCUGGUCUGGAGCUGCUGGCUGAAGCUGGCAGGAUGUUCCUGCCCACACACUUCCUGUUCCCUCCUGCCCCGCCCACACUGGACCUCUACCUGUACCGAGGCCAACCAGCCGCCGCCCUGCUGGUCAACAACAAAUCACACCCACACUGA